AUGGAGUUGACUCCAGUUUCUGCAGUGUCAGUGGACUACAGCUGCACCUCUCAGUCUGUCGUGGUUAGCUGGACGGCAGUGUUUGGAGCAGACUCUUACAAGGCAACAGCGAUGGACCAGAAUGGCAUACUGCUGACAUGUACUAGUGAAGGCACUAACUGUCCCAUCAGUGGACUGAACUGUGGCCAGACUUUCACAGUUCAUGUCACACCCAUGUCUGACAACUGCGAGAACACGGUCAACGCCACCUGGGCUAGUUUUGAGACUGUCCCCUGUCCUCCCAAGAAUCUGGAAUUGUUCCGAGACUGUUCCAGUGAAGUUAUUAUCUUUUCAUGGGAGCAUACAAAUAACACCGACCAUUACAUGGCCAGAGCAGUAGACUCCAAGAGAGAGGUUCAAGAAUGCCUAACAGUGGAUAACUCGUGUUAUUUCACAAAUACUAUGUGUGGCAGACAGUAUGACUUCACUGUCUACUCUAUAUCAGGGCAGUGCAAGAGCCGUACAAGCUCAACAGUUGAUAUUCGCACAGCACCCUGUAUACCCCAAAAUCUACAAACAUCAGCUGACUGCAACUCAAACCUUCUGGUCAGCAAGUGGGACCUCGCUGAGGGUGCACUGCGUUACACGGUGGAGGCCUUUGGCAAUAAGGGACGCAGCCAUUACAACUGCAGCACACUUUCUAACAGCUGUGCCAUAGAGAAUGUGCCAUGUGGAGAGUACUUGACCAUCUUUAUCACAGCUUUUGAUGAUGAAUGUGCUAGUCCCAGGAGGCUGGGACCUGUUGCUGAGACAGUUCCAUGCACGCCUCACAAUGUGACAGCAAUCAAAGAAUGCGGUGCUGACUCCAUCACAGUCACCUGGGCAGUGUCAGGCAGCACUCUUUUUUAUGUUGCCAUGGCGAUGGACCCCAGCGGCAACAUUCACAGCUGUAACACAAUGGAUUUUACUUGUACGAUUUCUGGCUUGAAGUGCAGCACAAUUUAUAGCGCAUAUGUGGUUGGCUCCAACUUCAGGUGCAACAGCACCCAGAGCAAGGCGAUCACCAUUGAGACAGCGGCUUGCCCCCCAAAUAAUGUCACUGCCUCUUUGGAUUGUGAAGCCAAUGAGGCUCUCAUCUCAUGGAAUGGCCAGCCCGAAAUUAACUCGUACACCGCCACGGUAGUAGAUGAAGAAGACACACUUCUGAGCUGCAGUUCAACUACAACCACCUGCAGGGUACCAAACCUAAAAUGUGGCCAACUCUACACUGUCACCGUCGGUCACCAUGAUAGCAUUUGCCCCAGCAUGCCUUCUCAACCCAUUUACAUGGAAUCCGUCCCUUGUGGUCCCCAGGUGGAAGCCCAUUUAGACUGUCAGUCACAAGUACUUACUAUCGGCUGGAACGGGUCAAGUGAAGCGAACAGUUACAUUGCCGUGCUCUCACACAACAACACACAAACGACUCAUAACACUACUGGGUCUGAGUUAAGUAUCAGCUCACUGGAGUGCGGGCAAGACUACUCACUCAAAGUGAGGUCUGUCACUGACAACUGUGUCAGUCAUCCCUCAGUCAUACCUGUCUGGAAAGCACCAUGUGUGCCAACAAAUGUGGAGGCUAUGACAAUGUGCGGCCACCAUUAUGCUGAGGUGACAUGGCAAGCAAGCCAUGGCGCGUUGUAUUAUGUGGCGGUUGCAACACACGAAGAUGGCCCUCAGCUGCUAUGUACUUCCAAUGAGACGAACUGCAGGCUGGAAGAUCUGAAGUGUAGUCAUGUUUACAGCAUUGCAGUGUCUGCUGGCAACGACAACUGCUUUAGCAAUGCGAGCUUAGAUGUGGUGGUGCAAACAGCACCAUGCCCCCCUGCCCAGCUGAAUGUCUCAGUCAAUUGUACCAGCAACACUGUCAUGUUGAGCUGGAACAGCAGCCCUAAUGCAGUGUCCUACACGGGCAAGGCCGUGAGCACCGAUGGACACACUGUGUUUUGUGAUACGACAUCAAACCUUGUUUGUCAUUUUGAAGAUUUGCACUGUGGUAAGGAGUACAACUUCACAGUGUCAGCCACGAAUGGCAACUGCCAAAGCCCUGAGAGCGAGGCAGUCGUCCGUGAAACUGCUCCAUGUAUUGUCCAGAAUGUUGUCAACAUCUUCAACUGCAGCACCAACAUGUUGACCACCAGCUGGAUGCUCGGGUUAGUACCCUUAAACUACAGCGUAAGUGCCCUGGCUGCAGAUGGAACAGAACUCAAGUGCAUCACAGAGACUUCCCAGUGCACAUUGGCAAACUUGCGAUGUGGAAAGCAAUAUGAGAUGACAGUCACAGCAAUUAGCAGCACUUGUGAAGGACCAGCUAGUCUUUCAGAGACUGUUAGUUCUGUACCUUGUGUUCCUGUUAAUGUCCAAAGUGGCGUAGAGUGUUCUUCUAAUACAGUGCUUACGUCUUGGGAACCAGCCGAUGGUGCACUCUGGUAUAGUUCCACAAUGACCAGAGAGGGAAAUUUCACUUCUACCUGCUCGACAUCGGAGCAAAGUUGCCAAUUCUCAAACCUAGAGUGUGCUAACACAUACACGCUAAAUGUGGUGGCUCAAAACAACCAGUGUAACAGUUCUGAGAGCACUGAGAUCUCCGUGACAACUGCGCCCUGCGAGCCUACAAGUGUUAACGUUUCCUUUGACUGCAUUUCUGGGUUGGCGACAGUUAUGUGGAAUCAUAGCCCUGGAGCUCAAUAUUACACAGUCCUGGCUGAGUCAAAUGGACAUAAUGACACAUGUACUUCUGUCAUGAAUUAUUGUGAGUUGAGGCAGUUGCUGUGCGGCAAAGACUACAAUGUUACUGUACUGGCGGACGACGGAGUCUGCACCAGUGCCAUCCAUGCUCAAACCGAUGUGACAACAGCACCCUGUCCUCCAGUAAUUCAAGUCCACCCACUGGAUUGCGACACCAACCAAGCUUUGGUCUCCUGGCUUCAAACCGAAGAUGGCAUGAAUGCGACAAUCAGUGCAACCUCCAGCAGUGGGCAUUCUACUUCCUGUUAUUCUACCACUAAUCUCAAUUGUACGCUGACUGACCUUCUAUGUGGAGACACCUAUAUCGUCCAAGCUGUUGCUGAAGGAACUCAGUGUACAAGCAAUCCCAGCUCUACCUUUGAAAUUGUGACAGCUCCCUGUACUCCUGCCAAUGUGACCCACACAUACUCCUGUGCGACAGGCUUAGCCACCUUGAGCUGGGAUGAGACUUUGGGCAGUAACAGUUUCUAUGCCCAUAUUUAUUCUUCAAACCACAUGACUUACUGCAGCUCAAUUCAGACAGAAUGCUCCCUACCCUCACUAAGCUGUGGUAAUAUAUAUAAUGUGACUGUAAUGGCAGUGAGCGACCAUUGCAACAGCAGCAUGUCGGGUGUAACACAGAUACGGACAGCACCCUGUGCUCCCAUGGAAGUUCAAGCAUCGCUGCUUUGUGAUGACAACAGGGCAGCAGUGAGCUGGCAGCCUAGUCCUGGUGCACUGUGGUACAAUGUGAAAGCACAAAGCACAAAUAGUGACAUCAAACAGUGCAGCUCUAAUGAUACACAUUGUCAACUGUCUGGAUUAACCUGUGACCAUACGUACAAUCUCACUGUCACGCCAAUAUCUGACCACUGCUAUGGCUUUGCUAGUGACCCGUACAUCUAUAUUGCAGGCCCCUGUCCUCCCACCGAUGUGCAGGUGUCGCUUCAGUGCAAUGGAAGUUCAGCACAUGUGACUUGGAAUGCAGCAAUGCAAGCAGAUUUCUAUGAAGCCACAGCAGUAAUCUCUACAGCAAACCAGAGCAGCUGUAACACUAGUGAUACUCAAUGCACACUUGCAGGCUUAAACUGUGGUGAGACAGCCGUCAUAUCUGUUUUGACCGUCGGGAGAGGAUGCCGGAGCGAGGCUAGCGUUCCUUUGUCCUUCCAGUCAGUUAUCUGUCCACCAACAUCAGUGGUCGGAGUAACAACAUGCGCUAACAAUGACAUCACAGUAAGCUGGGAUCCAAGCCCAGAGAGUGGGGUAACGUACAUCAUACAUGCUCAGGAGGAAAACGGCACCAACGCUACAUAUUCUGCAACCCAAACGUACCAUAUAAUCAGCGACUUGCAGUGUGGCCAGUUGUACAAACUAGAAGUUGCUGCCAUGGACACAGACUGCACCAGCACUAGCAGCCCGACUUUUCAAACACAAACAGCCCCCUGCCCUCCAACCAAUCUGACGGUGACCACUGAGUGUGGCACUAAUUUGGGAGUACUAACUUGGGCCCCGAGUGCUCAUGCUAUCAACUACACAGCCGCAGUAGCUGGCACCCAUGGUCAUGUGGUCACCUGCUCCUCUGAAUCAACAACGUGCUCAGUGAAGCUGCACUGUGGAUAUCAGUACACAGCGACUGUGUUUGCCUCUACUUCCACUUGUACUAGCCAAUCAGGGACGACUGCAACGUUUGAAUCAGCUCCUUGCUUACCUGACAGAGUGGAAGCAGAGCUGUACUGCAAUAACAACUCCUUUGCAGUACAAUGGAGAGGGAGUGCUGGUGUUGUCACCUCUUAUACAGCCAUCGCUAUUGGCAGUGAUGAGAGCCGUUUAACCUGCAACACCACAAACACGCACUGCACCAUUCAAAACCUCAAAUGUGGCCUCAUCUAUGGCAUUGUGGUCACGACACCUUCAGUUCACUGCGGCACCAUAAAGGGUUCGGACUACAUGAUACAGUCAGCUCCCUGUGAACCAGACAGCGUGCUGGUGAGUCCGCAGUGUAGCCACAACAUGGUGUCUUUGACGUGGGGAAAUUCUGGUCCAGAUCAGACCCAGAUGGCUUCAGCUGUCGACAGCAGAGGACUGACAACCACCUGUAACUCCACCAGCUCAAACUGUACCUUAAAGCAGCUGCUGUGCGGGGAGAACUACAUAAUAAAUGUGGUUGGCCACACUAAUUCAUGCAGGAGUGAAUCAGCGUUUGUACAAAGCUUCGACACAGCUCCAUGCAUCCCCACCCACCUCACAGCACAGGUGGACUGUGAUACUGGCAUCACCGUGGUACUGUGGGAUGCAUCCAGAGGCGCCGCAUCUUACACUGUAUAUGCAAGGGGAAACCUAGGCCACAUUGCCGAAUGCAAUACCACCGACACCAAUUGUGAUUUCCCUCACCUGCCGUGUGGACAGGAUUACACUAUUACUGUUGUGGCUCGCCAUGAAACUUGUGUCAGUUUGGUCAGCGAACCCAUCUACGCCAGUACAGGUCCGUGUCCUCACAGUGGUCUGGAGGCUACACUGAAGUGUGACAGCAACACAGCACUGGUGUCUUGGACACACGGCAGCGGCAUUCGCUACUACAAUGCUUCUGCUGAAGCCUUUGACGUUACACACGAGGAGGCUUGUUCCACCAAUGGCACCUCCUGCAAUAUCAGCUCUCUACUCUGUGGGGAGAGGUACAAAAUAAGUGUCAGCGGACAAGGACGCAAUUGCUUUAGUCCUGCCCAUGAGUGGGACUGGAUAACCACAGCACCCUGCCCUCCCACCCAGUUAAGUGUUGAGUCAUUCUGCCAUUCAGACGACAUCUUCGUCUCAUGGCGGGCCUCGCAUGGCUCAGUAACCUACGUGGUUGUAGCAGAGAAUGAAAAAGGCCAACAGUGGAUGUGCAACACCAGCAGCACUUCCUGUAAUAUAUCUGAUCUUCCAUGUGGACAGCAGUUCCAAGUCUAUGUUGCGGGUGCAGAUGAAAAAUGUAUUGGAGACAAAAGCAACAUUGAAGAAAUCAGUACAGCACCAUGUGUGCCAGGGAAUAUCCAAAAUCACCUUGACUGUCUGUCAGGUGUUCUGAACAUUACCUGGGAGUCGGCAGGUUAUGCGUCACAUUUUCAUGCAUCGCUGGUGAGCAGCAAUGGUGAUGUCAUUGUGUGCAUGACGGACAUGAAUCACUGCAUAGUGCAGGGCCUGCAGUGUGGGCUCACCUACAGCAUGACAGUUAUGGCCCAAGAUGACACCUGCAACAGUUCUUACAGCCUGGCAGACCAAAUCAAUACAGCCCCUUGUCCUCUGUCAUCCUUUCUUCCCACUGUGGACUGUGACACCGGGAUUGUAUUUGUAAACUGGACCAACAGCAUCGCGGGGAUCACGCACACAGUGUCUGCUAUUGACGCCUUAGGUCGUCAGCACAACUGCAGUUCUAAUAAAGGUGGUUGUGGUCUCAGCGCACUUGAGUGUGGGCUAGAAUACAAUGUUACCGUCACACCAUCAAAAGAUGAAUGUGUGGGUAGAGACAGUUCAACAAAAUCGAUUAAGACAGUUCCUUGUAUACCUCACUUAUCUGCUGUGGAGAUCGACUGCCGUACGAACUCGGCCUUGGUGAUGGGCAAAAAUGCUGAUGAUGAUGAGGACUACAUCGUCCUAGUGACAGAUGGCCUGGGUGACAUCCAAAUGUUUCAGUGUAACUCCACAACUGACAACACAUGCCUUCUGCCACCACUGACAUGCAGCCAGAAUUUCACAAUUAGCCUGAAGGCCCGUGGCAAACAGUGCACCAGUCAACCCAGUAUUGCUGUCUCAGCUUUCACAGCUCCCUGCACUCCUGUGGUUGUUGAGAGGUCAGUCAAUUGUGACAACUCCAUGAUCAGUCUCUCCUGGGCGACUAUACCCGGUUCCGUAUCCUACACAGCCAUGCUGGAGAAGGUGAACGAACCCAAUGCUUUUUGCAUUACUUCGAACACAAGCUGUGACAUCACUGACCUGCCAUGUGGAGGGACGUACAUCCUGCAGGUCACAGCAGAGGGGGAAACUUGCAAUAGUUCACAAAGUCAAAAAGACAUAAUCAGGACAGUGCCGUGUGUUCCUCAAAAUCUCCAAGCAAGCCUGAGCUGCAGCGACAACGUGGCCUCCAUGACAUGGAACUCCAGCAAUGGAGGUCAGAUGUACCACGUGGUGGCCACAAGUGUUACUGGUGAGGUAGAUGAGUGUUACACCCACGAAACACGAUGCGAUCUGACCGGACUCAGCUGUGGCCAGCUCUACACAGCUGUUGUGAUGGCAGAGGACAAUGGCUGUCAGACCCCACCAAGCCAGAGUGUAACUUUCAAGACAGUACCAUGCACCCCUGCAAAUAUCUCUUCUACGUUGGACUGUGAUACCAACUCUCUGACUGUAUUCUGGUCUGAGAGCUCAGGGGCCGAAUUGCACAUUGCCACCUUACAGGACAGCAAUGGUCAGAACACAACAUGCCAGGGUACGAAUGGCUCAUGCAUUUUAACAGAAACAGGUUGUGGCAUGAUCUACCACAUCUCAGUGGUCGCCUCUGACGGCUACUGCAGCAGCCCGCCAUCUGAUGUCAUCAACACUCCUGCAGUCCCUUGUCAAGCAUCACAAAUUUCGGCAGUGCUGGACUGUUACACGCAGAAGACCACUGUGAACUGGUUUCCAAGUGAUGGUGCGUUGUCUUACAUAGUCCAAGCCAAUGCCACAGGCAAUCUCUUCACCUGUGAGGCCAACAUCACCCAGUGUGAUUUUAAAAUGCUGCCCUGCGGACAAAGCUACUCAAUCUCUAUUAUAGCUGUGGGAACUAACUGCAGCAGCAUAACGAAGAUGACUGAGCCUCUGGUUACAGAACCAUGCAUUCCCAGUUACAUAAGCACCUAUUAUAGUCCAACGAUCGGCCAAGUGCUGUGGGGCUCUACCAAUGGUGCAGAUGAAUACAAGGUGGAUGGGGUGACAGAACAGGGUCUGACAGUCUCCUGUAAUUCCAGUAGUAGUUUCUGCACCUUGUACAACAUGGAGUGCAGUCAGAUAUACAAUGUCAGUAUUACAGCAAACAAUGUUGCAUGCCAAGGAAUGUCCACCUCAACCGAAGAGGUUUUGAUUAAGACAGAACCUUGCCCGCCCACCAAUGUUCAAGCGACUGUGGACUGUCCGAACAACUGGGGGAGUGUGUCAUGGGAAGCCAGUUUUGGAGCCAUUAGAUAUGAGGCACACCUCGCUGGUCUUGAUGGCCACUCUCUGUCCUGCUCCACACAAGAAACAUUUUGUAAUAUAGAGGGCCUCCACUGUGGAAUUGUCUAUUACACCAGUGUUGUUGCCAUCGGAGAAACGCUCAACAGCAGUCAAUCUACAACUGUGCAACUGGUCUCAGCCUCCUGUGCAGUUACAAAUGUCACAGCAUCUUUGGAGUGUUACAACAACACAGUCGAAGUGAGCUGGAGCUCAGCAAGUGAAACCGAUUUCUACAGAGUUACUGCAGUUUCUACGGAUGGCCACCAGGCUUCGUGUGAGAGCAGAGAUGAACAUUGUGAUCUAAGAGAUCUCCAGUGUGGCCAAAUUUUUAAUGUCAGCGUCACAUCAGUCGGUGAUCAUUGCCAAACUGAAUUAACUGUCCAUGCUGCUUUUACCACACGUCCUUGUGAACCCAUUCACAUUAAUGUGGACCUGCAGUGUGGGACAAGUACAGCCAACAUGCACUGGGAGGAAAGAAAGGAAGUGGAGUUUUACAUGGCUACUGCCACCUCUAGCAUUGGGAACACUCAUCAAUGCAACUCUACCAACUCCAGCUGCAUAUUUUCUGACUUGGACUGUGGAGAAACUUACACAUUCUAUGUAACAGCGUACAGUAACACAUGCUACAGUCAAAAGAGCAAGACUGUUGACAUUUACACAGAGCCAUGCUGGCCAACAGACCUGCGAGUUGAAGGAACAUGCGACAAUAACACAGUCGCACUGUAUUGGUCGCCAGCUAAAGGCGCAUCAGUCUAUGUGGUGACAGCCACAGGGAACCUGGGCUAUGUCACAUCUUUCCAAACCAAUGAGACUAUGACCGAAGCUGAGCUUCCUUGUGGUCAACUAUUCACUUUUGUCAUAAAAGCUCAGGACGAUCAAUGUGAUAGUGCUUUGAGCCAGCCUGCAGUAUUCAAGACAAGUCCCUGUGUGCCCCAACAUGUGCAGAGUUUCACACACUGCGAGGACAGCAUUGGCUCAGUCAGCUGGGCCGAGACGGACGGUGCAGAGUACUACUUAGCCAUUGCGAUAGGACAAGAUGAACAUACUCACGUGUGUGUGACGCCAAACACCAGCUGCACCUGGGAUGACCUUCACUGUGGCGAGCGAUACACCGUGCACGUGAUCGCAGAUGAUGACAUGUGCAACAGCAUGCCGAGCAGCAGCACUUCUAUUCAAAUGGCAAGCUGCAUACCCCAGAAUUUAACCUCAACGAUGAACUGUACAACAAAGCUAACGUCGCUGACCUGGAGUCCGGUUGAAACAGCAGAUUACUAUAUCGUGACAGCUGGGACAAACAAUGGCAAUGAAGUGCAGCUUAGCACCAACGACACCUGGUCCUCAUUCCAUGAGUUCCAAUGUGGUAACAUUUACUUUCUGACUGUGCAGGCAGUUGACUCGAUGUGCACCAGUCCACCCAGCGAGCCAUCGGUUCUUAAAUCAGAGCCUUGUCAACCAUCUGGAAUCACUAGUUUCAUGAACUGUGAAUCUAACAUAGCUGCAGUAUCAUGGACCGGCUCGACAAGUGCCAAGUAUUACACCGCCACCAUAAUACCAGAUGAUGGUCAACCACAAAUCUGCAUGUCUGAAAGCUUGCAUUGUAACAUGCCGAACAUCCCUUGUGGUCAAAAUUACACGGUGACUGUUGUCGCCUCCAAUGAGAAUUGUCACUCUGAGCCCAGUGAGGAGAGUACACUGAAAUCAUUGCCCUGUGUUCCUACUGAUGUGGAUGUGGUCCUGAACUGUACAACCAAUGAGGCUGUGGUUACCUGGACUGCAAGCAGGGAGGCGCUGUCAUACAUUGUGACAGCUCGUAGCACACAGUGGACCCAGUCUGUCUGUGAGAGUACUGAACCAACUUGCACCUUGACCAACUUGACCUGCGGCCAGUCCUUCUUUGUCCAGGUGGUAGCACAAGAUGAUAUGUGCUCCAGUUUACCCAGCCCACCAACAGAGUUCAAAUCUGUUCCAUGUACACCCAACAUUAGCUCGGUGGUUCUUGACUGCUUCACCAACUCUGCUGUAUUGUUGUGGAAGUUUGACGAGGAUCCCUUGAACUACACAGCAAUAGCCAAGUCCUCUAAUGGCCAUAUGUCCAUCUGCAACUCCAAUUACACCAACUGCAAACUAAUAAAUCUUCAAUGUGGCCACACAUACAGUGUUGUCACUCUUGCAUCAGAUGAGAGGUGCAAUAGCACACCUAGCACCAGUUUCUUGGUUGAAUCAGCUCCUUGCCCGCCCGAGGGAGUGGAAACUCAUUUGGACUGUACUACCAACACGGCUCAGGUGGAGUGGCAAGCCAGCAAGGGAGCUGAUACCUACGCGGUCCAAGCAGUUGACACAGAAGGACAUGAAUCCACCUGUGACACAGGGACAGAAUCUUGCAUUUUAUCAGAUCUCAUGUGUGGCUUUACCUACAAUAUCAGUGUGACUGCCCUAAACAGUGUUUGUAAUGUGUCACAGGGUGACACAAAUCAGCUAAGAACAGUGCCCUGUGUUCCACAGCAAGUUGAGGCACAUGUGGUCUGUGACGCUGGUGCCGUGGCUGUGUCCUGGGAGGCCAGUAGGGGUGCGCUUUCCUACACAACAGUGGCCAAGGCCAAUAGUGGCCUUGCAUACUCGUGCAACAGCAGUGGGACAACAUGCCUUUUUGAUGAUUUGAUGUGUGGUCUGAACUAUUCUAUCACUGUUGGUGCUGCAGAUGAAAGUUGUACCAGCACCGGAAGCACUGCCAUUGAACUCAACACAGUGCCCUGUAUGCCACAGAUGAUAACGGCAGAGAUGUUGUGCCGUAACAACACAGGUGUUGUGUCUUGGCAAGAAGAUGAGGGCUUGUCUUCUUACAUGCUACAAGCAUUUGGACUUAAUGGCCAUAAGAUUGAAUGUGAAAACAUAAGGUCCAGAUGUCAGCUACCUGAUAUGCAUUGUGGUGAGCUCUACAACCUGACAGUGACCGCUCAGGAUGGACGCUGCGAUAACAUUAGCACCUACCUCAACCUGCGGUCAGUACCUUGCAGGCCAACCCAUGUUAAAGUUUCUCUACAAUGCCAUUCAAACUCUCUUGCUGUGACUUGGGAGCCAGCCAGUGGAGCGGUCUCCUACCUUGCUGUGGGUGUUAAUUCAGAUAGGAGCCACCGGACUCAGUGUCACAACAGUAUGACUUAUUGCAAUAUGAGCGAGCUGCAGUGUGGACAAACCUAUAAUGUAAGCGUAUUUGGCCAAGAUGAGUCCUGUUCCAGUGUGGAAAGUGAGACAACAUUUGUGCAGACAGCUCCUUGUCCACCUCAUGAUGUGUCUGUCUACGCACAUUGUGAUGAGGGUGUCAUAUCUGUGUCCUGGUCCCUCAACCCUGAUGCCCAUUAUUAUCAAGUAGAUGCAAUGAGCCACAGUGGGGCACGACUGUUCUGCAACACGACUGGCACCGUCUGUUCUUUUGAAAAUCUACCAUGUGGAGCGUGCUACAACGUGACUGUGGUGUCAGUAAAAAAUGGCUGCAAGGGCGAGGCCAGCCCAGCUGUUGAGAUAUAUUCAGCUCCAUGCAUGCCUAUUACCAUACACGGACAUCUAGACUGUGUCACCAACUCUGCCUGGAUGUCAUGGAACGUAUCUGAAGGAGCUCUCAGUUACUUUGUGUUGGCUCAAGGUGGUGGAGGUCACAACUCCACCUGUACCUCCACGUCCUCUUCAUGUAAUGUUCCAGAUCUGAAAUGUGGGACCCACUACACCUUCCACGUGACUGCUGUCAACAACCAGUGCCACAGCAAUCACAGCUCAUCCUUUGCACUUGAAACAGGUCCUUGCGCCCUUACUUCAAUCAACACAGUGAAACACUGCUACAGUGACAGCAUCCUCGUCGAAUGGGAGAUGUCCAACGAGACACCCUUUUACGUAGUGACGGCUGAAGGCAAUGACCAAUCCAUAAUUUCCUGCAACAGCACCUCUACUUCUUGUGAACUCCAGAAUGUUGGCUGUGAUAUGCAAUACACCAUAAUUGUAUCAGCUUCUUCUGAUAAGUGCAGCAGCCUUAGGAGUCCACCUACAAUGAUCAAAACAGUUCCCUGCGCACCAAACAAUGUGACUGUGACAUCUGCUUGCGAGGACAAUGGAGCCACAGUGAGAUGGGCCCACUCUCCUGUGGCCACGUCAUAUCUGUUGACAGCUACUGGUAAAGAUGGACAUGUUGCAACCUGCAAAACCUCUGUGAAUAACUGCACCCUCGCUGAUCUACGCUGCGGCCAAUUUUAUAACUUGAGCGUCACUGCCAGUGGAGAAAACUGCACCAGUGAACUAACCACUGCAUCUUUUAGAACAGUGCCUUGUGCGCCUUCUACCCUUACAGUGGAUUUUGAAUGCAAAGACAGUUCUGGAAUCCUAACAUGGACCACCGCUGAAGGUGCUGUAAAGUAUUAUGCUUGUGCCCAAGCAAUAGGUGGAGAAACUCUUUACUGUGACAGUACCAACAAUUCCUGCGCUAUACAAGGACUGCACUGUGGUGGCAUGUACAACUUCUCAGUUGAAGCAUCUGACGGCUACUGCAACAGUUCAUUAAGUGUUCCUGUAGAGAAAGGAGCAGCUCCGUGUCCUCCCAAUGCUCUUGAUGUUAGGAUGCAGAAAAUAGACCAGAAUCACUGGCUCAUGACCUCAUGGGAAGCAGUCAACUGUUUGGAUGUUGAGUACUUAGUAGAGAUAUCUGGCCAGAUCCAAGAUGAUCCUCAAGCCCUGAUGAGUCUCUCUUCAUACUGGCUAUCUGUGCCAUACUUUGAGACCCCAAUGCCUUGCAGCACACUGUACAACCUCACGGUUCGCUCGAGAAACUCAGCUGGAACCAGUGAACCUUCUAGUGCCUUUACUGGAGUCACAGUGCCAUGUUCACCACUUAAUGUACAAUACAGUGGUAGCACUCAGUCUGCCGUGCUUUCCUGGGAAGCAUCCGUUCUCGCCACUGGAUACAGCGUCUAUGAUGUGUCAGGGGAAGGCAGCGUCAUGCUCUGCGCCACUGCGGCACUCUCUUGCCAAUUGACAAAUUUCAGUCCCGGUUCCACAGAGGUGACAGCCAGCAAUUCUGCUGGGGAGAGCGUGCCGAGUCGAAAUAUUACAGGCCCAGUAGGAGCUCGCAAGAGAAGGGAUCUACGGGCCUCGCUGAUACAUGCCACAAUCGACAAAGCUCUGGAAGUCCCAACCAUCCUAAAUGUAUCAUCUAAUGGAGUUUCCAUCUACAUAAAUUGGACAGCAGUUAAAGAUGGAAGUGAAUAUACCAGUACAAUCAUCAUGGUUGAGAAACAGGACGAGCAGCAUUAUCAACCCCGAGUAAUAAUUGUGGAAGGAAAUUUUCACACUGAGACUGAGCUGAAGCCUGGGACCAUCUAUUGCAUCAGACUGGCAGCCAAAACCGCCAUCGGCCGUAGCAAUUUCAGCAGGCCAAAGUGUACGAUCACAGGUGCCUUCAAAUGAAAACGCACCAUCAUAUCAUAUACGUAAAUGUUUUGUUCACAAAUAAAUUAUGAUUGAUACGGAGAAGCUUUAUGUAAGUGCUCUUUAAGUUGUAAUUAUUUCGGGUAGCUCAUAGCUUAUGUACAUUCUCCUUAUAGAUGAUCCUUUUGUCAUCUUUUGAACUUGCUUUUA